CCAACCCAGCUUUUAUAUAACCAUCUCCUUCCAGCUUCUCUUCCACUCCCAUGUCCCUCUCUCUCUCUCUCUCUCUCCCCGAGCCUCUCUCUCUAACGGAGAAUCAGCUUCCGGACGAACCCUUUAAACCGCCAUUGAAAUGGAGCCCGCAGUUGCAAGGAGGCCAUGUUUCGCCGAGGAGGACGACGGCCUGGCCUCUCUGGCGGAUAUGGAGGCUGGGUUUUCCGGCAAGCUCAGCCGCAGCGGCAGCGGCGGCAACAGCCCGAUAUUGUCUCGGUCGAUGUGCUCCUCGAGGGGCGCCUUCAGGAACAUCAGAGUCUCCCCUGUUUCUGCUACCCCGAUGUCGCCGAGGUUCUACGACGCGAGGUACGAGGACCACCACCUUCACCAGCCCCACUUCUUGGACUCCUGCUUCCUCUGCAAGAAGCCCCUCGGGAACAACAGGGACAUCUUCAUGUACAGAGGGGACACGGCGUUCUGCAGCGAAGAGUGCAGGCAGGAGCAGAUAGACAUGGACGAGGCGAAAGAGAAGAACUGGAACCUCUCUUCUUCCAUGAAAGCCCUGAGGAAAAAGGACCAGAGGAAAUCAAGCUCUCCUCCCAAGGCUCAGGACUACGCCUUCCAUGCCAGCACCGUUGCGGCAGCUUCAUGAAUGGAAGGCGCCCCUUUGCUUCUGUGUCUAAUAAAUGCAAGACUGCUAAGAUCGAUGGACCGAAUCCCGGCACCGAUCAGCGGAAAAAAAAAAAAAACGAGGUCUUUGGUUUCUGACGGAAACAGAGAAGGGCCAAGGAGAGUAGUGAAGAAGAAGAUGAAGAUGAAGCAGCUAUGAUACGACCCGUUUUGGGAGAGUUUCCCUCUUUCUGGAUUUUUGUUCAAAGCUUUUUUACUGUAAAUGCAAAAAUGGAAGGGUUGGUAAUUACAUACCGAAGGGGAGUGAGUGGUAGGGGGAAGGGGAGCGGGGUGUUGCUUGGUUUGCUCAAUGAGAUGGCUCUGUUUAUUGCAUUUUCUGGUUUUUGGGUCGAUGAGUACUGACCGUGAAAAUCGAAAUACAAGUUUUUACUCCUUUUUUCCGGCAAA